UUGUGCAGUUGAGAGCUAAGUUCUAAAGUGUUUCGCGAUCCGUGCCUUUGAAACGAUUACAUACUUUAUAAAAAUAUACAUGCAUAAGAAUGUACAAAUAUAAAUACAUAUAGCGCAGUCGUUUGGCAUCUCGUUCAUUAUUCGUUAUAAACAUCUUGGGCGUACGAAUUCUACGAACCAAGAGCGCAGAGCUUAUAGCACCAGAAAAAAAAAAAACCACACCGACGAACGAGGAGUAAGCCCCAUGAGUCAUCCUGACGUGGCUGCGCCUCUUUUAAACAUUUUCAAUCAAACUGACGACGACGUCGACCUCGGGGAAGUACCUAAAUCACAGAGCAGUGCCAACCACAAUCGGCACGAGCAGCACACGAUCCAUUUCAUUGUUGUUUCGAGAGCCCAGUGAACCGGUGGUGCCUUCGCUGCGACGCAAAUUAUUUAUUAAAUUUAUAAAGCAGUAAAACUCGCACACUCACGUGCAAACACAUUCACGCUUCAAUACACACGAACAACUACCUAUACAUAUAAACGAAGAUCGUGGCGUUUUUUAUUAUCACUAGAAAUUUCGUGCGAAAAGGGCCAAAAUGAGCCAGUAUUACGACCUGGACAAAGGCAAAAAUGUAUCUAUAUAUAUGAACGAUUGCUCCAGCACUAGCGGCUAUAGUAGCACCAAUUCGCCGUCGCCUGUGUCUAUGACGAUGACUCUUUCUCCCGCCCAUUCCCCCGAAACAAUGGCACUGCAAACAGAUUUUGAUAACCUCACCUUGCCAGCAGCAAACGUGAACUCACCACUUCACGCCAUGCAAAACACACCAUACCAGCAGUCUCAACAAAAUCAGCUGCUCCCAAAUGCCGCAGGCAUUUCCAUUGAUGGCAACAAUUUAUUGAAUGGUGGAGGCAGCACUCUUAAUAUUAAUAUUGCAAAUAUGUAUAUGGAUCAUCAUAAUUACACCUACGGUACGACGGCGACAACAGCGGGCGCACCGGCAGCGGGUGCCUUCGGAGCAUCUGCAGCCACUUCUUUACAUGCAACAGAUGCGGCCCCAGCCCGCGAGUUCAGCGCUUGGUUGCACAUUGCUGAACAGCCGGUGGAAAAGUUUCGCUUUCGUUACAAAUCAGAAAUGCACGGCACCCAUGGUUCGCUGAAUGGUGCCAACUCGAAGCGCACACCCAAAACAUUUCCGGAGGUGGAGCUGAGGAAUUAUAAAGGACCUGCAGUCAUCCGAUGCAGUCUCUUCCAAACUAAUUUGGACAGUCCACAUUCGCAUCAGUUGGUGGUCCGCAAAGAGGAUAGGGAUGUGUGUGAUCCGCACGACUUGCGGGUGUCGGCGGAUCAGGGCUAUGUGGCCCAAUUUAUGAACAUGGGCAUCAUACAUACGGCAAAAAAAUAUAUUUUUGAUGAGCUGCUUAAGAAGAAACAGGAUCGCCUCGUCUUUCAGUUGGGCCGACGGGAGCUGUCCACCAAGCAGAUACAGGAACUGCAUCAGGAAACGGAACGCGAGGCCAAAGACAUGAAUCUGAAUCAGGUGCGGUUGUGCUUUGAGGCUUUUAAGGUUGAGAGCCCCACCACCUGGACGCCCAUUGCCAAGCCCGUCUUUAGCAAUGCCAUUAACAAUCGUAAAUCGGCACAGACCGGAGAGCUGCGAAUCGUGCGACUUAGCAAGCCCACAGGCAGCGUAUCGGGCAAUGAUGAGCUCAUACUGCUUGUGGAGAAAGUGUCCAAGAAGAACAUUAAGGUGCGCUUCUUCGAGGAGAAUGACGACGGCGAAACAGUUUGGGAAGCCUUCGCAAAGUUCCGCGAGUCCGAUGUCCAUCAUCAAUAUGCCAUUGUAUGCCAGACGCCAGCCUACAAGGACAAGGAUGUGGAUCGAGAGGUCCCUGUGUCCAUCGAGCUCAUACGACCCUCCGAUGAUGAGCGCUCCUAUCCACCCCUGCCCUUCCGCUACAAGCCACGUGAGGCAAUAAUAUCGCGCAAGCGCCGACGCACUGCCUCUAUGGCCACCACUAGUAGCAGCAGUAGCAGCAGCGGUAGUGCAGCUAAUUCAUUCGAGCUACCAAAACCGGUGCAACAGCUGCAGCCCAGGCAAAACGCGCUGCAAGAUAUUCAAACCAUAAGCCAGGAGUUCGGCCGCGACGAGCAUUUAAAUGAUUUACUGAGUCUCAACAUAGCUCCUGACAACUUCCAAGCCCUUAUGGAGCAGGAUUCUGCCGACCUGGAGAAAAUUUGCCUACAGGACAUAUAUAUACCCGAUUUGCCGCAGGAGGAACUGCAGGCAGACGGGCAUAGCCGCUGUGUAACCCAAAUGAAUGCAAGGGUUAGCAACAAUCGCAACACCAGUAGCAGCUAUUUGAAUGCUAUAUUUAAGAUUUUUGAAGAAUCGCGUCGUCUCACGCCCGGCGAUGUGGGCUUCGAGAGCGCACGCAAAAAGGUCGAAGAGUUGUUUACAACUCAUGCCCUAAAGAAUUACAAUAAUGACACACUGCUCCAUGAGGUUAUCAGUCAAAAGAAGGACAACCUGAAGCUGGCCAUCAAGACAUUCCAAGUUAUGAAUUUCUUCGGACUGCAUGACGUGGCCAACACAUUGAAUGCUGAUGGGAAUAGUGGUUUGCAUUUCGCUUGCCAGCAGGAUCGUGCCCAUUAUGUACGUCCUUUGCUCACCAUGGGCUGCUUGCCCAACACUCAAAAUCAUUCUGGGAAUACAGCCCUUCACAUAGCUGUAAAAGAGGAGCGCCUGAAUUGCAUCGACAGUUUCCUGAACGGGCCCACUAUUACGUUGAAUUUGACAAUCAAGAAUGAUGAUGGGCUGACUCCAUUGCAUAUGGCCAUAAGGCAAAAUAAGUUCGAUGUGGCCAAAAAGCUGAUCAAACACGACGGAAAAUCCGUGAAUGUCGUGAACACCAAGGAUGGAAACAAUGCUUUGCAUAUGGCCGUACUGGAGCAGAACUUUGAACUGCUGGUUGUCAUAUUGGACUCCCAGGAUCUAUCGGAUGUACUGUUGGCACGCAAUGCGGCCGGCUAUACGCCACUGGAGCUGGCACGUCGACGCGCCAAUAAGGAGUGUGUCCGUGUGCUCGAACAAGUUCAGCCGGACCUAACAAUGACCUGGAUACCGUGCAGUGUGAAAGCAGAGGCGGACUCCUCAUCAGCCGAGGACGAUGAUGAGAGCAGUGAGACGGCGAUGGAAAACAAAAUGGAUGACAUAGAAAUUAAACCGGAAGAUAUCAAAGAGGAAUUGCCAGACGAAUUUGAAGACGAGCAACAAAAGCUACAAGCGGAUCCAGCACACAGUCUAAUGCAUCUCCUUAAAGAUGAGGCCAAACAAAGGAAUUUGAGCAAACUGCUCAACGAGAAGUGGGAACGCGAUGACAAGAAAUUUAAGUGGCAGCAGCUAGCCGAAAGCCUUAAAAUGUCGCACAUGGUGUUCCUCUGGACCGAUGCUGACGAAUUGCUCAAAUAUAUCGAGAGGAGCAACAACAUUGAUUACAACUCCUUUGCCAAUGCUUUGAGAACGAUCGACCCGAAAGCCCUGGACGCAUUGAAUAAGAAGCUUAUCAGCAAUAUGGCUCAAAUUAUUGAUGGCAAGGUGAUAUCCAAGCAAAUCCGCUGUGAGCUCAGCAAAGAAGUCCAGGACUUGAUAUCCGCCGGCUAUCGUGCCCCCCACUUGACGGCAGUGAUUGUGGGCGAAGAUCCGGCCAGUCAGACAUACGUACGCAAUAAGAUACUUGCCUGUGAGGAGAUUGGCAUUAGCAGCGACACCAAAGUGCUGCCCAAAUCGACGACACAAGAGGAAUUACUGAAAAUAAUUGAAGAAGUCAACAAAGAUCCCAAAGUUGAUGGACUGCUGGUCCAGUUGCCAGUGCCCGAACACAUUGAUGAGCGGACCGUAUGCAAUGCUGUGACCGCCGACAAGGAUGUCGAUGGUUUCAAUGAGGUCAACAUUGGACGCCUGGCCCUGGAUAUGGAGGGCAUCAUACCGGCCACACCAUUGGGCAUUAAGGAGCUGCUGAAGCGCAGUAAUAUCGAGACAUUUGGACGCAAUGCUGUGGUGGUGGGACGCUCCAAGAAUGUAAGUCUGCCGAUGGCCAUUUUGCUGCAUUCAGAUGGUAAGAAUGCGACCAAGGCACUGGAUGCUACAGUCACUGUGUGCCAUCGCUAUACUCCGCCCAAGGAGCUUGCCAAGUAUUGCCGUAUGGCCGAUAUUGUUGUGGUUGCCGUUGGAAAGCCUGGGCUCAUCACCAAGGACAUGAUUAAGCCCGGCGCCUGUGUCAUCGAUGUUGGCAUCAAUCGCAUCAAGGACGAGAAAACGGGCAAGACCAAGCUAGUGGGAGAUGUCGACUAUGAUGAAGUACGAGAGGUUGCUGGUCACAUAACACCAGUUCCAGGAGGUGUGGGUCCUAUGACGGUGGCCAUGCUGAUGCACAAUACACUCCAGGCUGCCAAGAAAAAUCUCUGCAAGGCUGAUCAGUAAUCGAAUAUCAGUUUGUGCCCGUGCCUCCUGCAAUGCAAUAGUAUUUCGUUAUUUUAAUCAUUUACCAUAUAGUUGAUUAGUUAUUACCACCACCAGACUCUCUUACUUGACCAUAAUACAUUGACACAAAUGUAAUAUAUUAACACACCUAUGUAAUGAACACAAUUAAAGUUUAAAUAUAUUUUGGUUUAUUACAUUUUCUUAUAUUAAAA